AUGGCGGAGGGGGAGGCCGGGAGGAGAAGCCCCCUUUCCCGGAGCGCCUCGUGCAAGCGCCUCGAGAGGUGGAUCGGGCCCGAGGAGCGGGCCGGAGGAGGCGGCGGCCCCCCGGGGGGAGCGGGAGGCGGCGGCGCGCCCGGGCGCCCAGCCGUGCCAGGCGUCGCCAAGCUCUCGUCUUCCUCGCCUUCUCCCGGGCCGGAUCCUGCUCCUCCGACGCCGCUGCCGGGCGGCCGAGCCCUCCGGAGUCUGUCGCCGUCGGUGCGCCAACUUUCGCGGCGCUUCUGCGCGCCCCAGAGCGAGCCGGGCGCGGGGAGAGGAGGCUCCUCCACCUGCGCCGGGGCCAGGGAAGACCAGGCGGCUCGGCCCGCCGAUGAGACGCCGGCAGCCGCCGCCGAGCAGCCUCCUCCUCCUCCGCCUCCUCCUCGGGGGAAAGGACUGAGCGAGCCCCCCAAAGGCGGAGACGCGGCGCUCGACUGGCCCAGCGUGACCGAGAUGCGCAAACUUUUCGGAGACGGCUUUCGACGGCAGCAGCAGGGAGGCCCCCGAGGCGACCCCGUCGAGGAAGGCGCGGCACCGCGCGCCCCCCAAGACCAAGCCGGGGAGCUGGGGCACCUGCCGGGCAGCAUGGACGGCGCCCCCCGCCUCCUGCCCGAUGGGGCGGCGCCCGGGCGCAGGGAGGAAGAGAGGCCCCGCGUCGCCGAGCAGCGCCGGGAGGCCCCCCCGACGCCUCCCCCGCGCAGCUGCAUCCCCUUUCGGACCCACCGCCUGCCCGCCGGGGGCGCCCCCCGGACCGAGGCGGAGAAGUUGCCGCAGCCGCCGCUGCAACUUCGGGAGAGUUUACAUUCCUGGCAUAGUUGGACGCUGCUGCCAGCUGCCUCCUCGUCUUCCUCUUCUUCCUCCUCCUCCUCUCCAGCCGUCCUUCUCCUGGGCGAAGGUGGAAGCAGCAACCUCAGGCCAGGGGAGAUUUCCAGCAGCGAGGAGGAGCUGAUGGCCAGGCCCAAGGGGGCCCCCCAGCCGGCUGCCUGCUCCCCCCCUGGCGGCAACGGCUGGCACGGAUCUCCCCACGAGAGGUCCUCGGGGAGCGAGGAGGAGAACCGCCUGGCCGCCCCCAGGAAGCGCUCCCUCCGGAAGAAAAAGAAGGACCCCUUGCCUCAAGAACAGGCCUCGGGCAGCGAUGGGCUGGUGGCGGGGAUGGAGUGGUACCUCAAGGCCCAGGAGGACCUGGCACAGACUCUCUCCCUGCCCUCUGACGAAAGGACUAGGCCGUCUCCCGAGGUCAAGGCCUCAGCCACCGCCAGCUUGCUGGACGAGGCCAAAGCUGCAGGCGAGGGCCCCAUCUUGGGUCGAGGCCUGCUGGAAAGCGGCGGCAGCUCCCUGCUAGGCACUCACGGGCCCCUAUCCUCGGCGCCCACUCUCCCGCUCGUCUCCCGAGUCUCCAAAGUGAACAUCCCCCCCUUCUCUCCAAGCCCCUGCGGGUCGCGAAGCAGCAGCCGGUAUUCCAGCACUGAGACGCUGAAAGAGGAGGACCAGUUUGGGGCCUCCUGGCCUGGCCAAGGCAGGGGCUCGCAAGGGGGUCCGGGCCUGUUCCGCUCCCCGAGCUUCAACCAAAGCGACAGCCUGGCUCGGCUGCAGGCUCAGGUGCGCGCCCGCCCCAAGUUCCCCUUGGGGAUCAUCCAAGCCAAGCAGGACUUCCCUCCGUACGAGAACCUGCGCGGCGUCGGCCUGGAGGCAGCGGAGAAGUCCAGGAACAGGAAGUCCAUGUCGAACCCGGAUAUCGCGACCGAGACGCUGGCGCUGCUCAGCUUCCUCAAGUCGGACCUCUCGGAUCUGAAGGCCGGCAGGAAGGACGGCAGAGCCAGCCAACUCGAGGAGGAGGAAGAAGAGGCCUUUGGUGGCGGCAGGUGCAGAAGUUACCAGUAUGGCUUGGCCGGACAGCAGCUGGUAGGUAGAACCCAAAGUGAGGCUCAGCCGCCAAACCGUUGGGCACCGGGCGGCAGCCGGCCGACUCUGAAAGACCUCACGGCGACCCUGAGGCGGGCCAAGUCUUUCACCUAUUCGGACAAACCCGUUCCCCGCAGGCUCUUCCACCAGAGCGCCAUGAAGCAGAGCUCCUCCGAGCUCCUCCUCACCAACGCCGGCGACCAAGAGGCUGUUUGCGGCCAUGGAAUUGGCCGAGGCGGCGAGGACGGCGAGUUGCCGGUCGUCAUCCAAGACCAGUACAUCCAAGAAGCCAGGCAGGUCUUUGAGAAGAUAAGCAAGAUCGGCUCCCAGCACGAUUACAACUUCGGUCUGGACCAAAAGGACGUCGGAAGCGCGGAAGGCGAAGGCGAGGAUUUGGAAACGUGGAAGGAGGCAGCUGUGGAAGAACGCCGCGGGCAGGGUUUGCGGAAGGCGGACUCCGAAGGGAACCUGUCCGGUGGGAAGUCUUUGGAGGAACUCUCGGGUCCUGAAUCCAGCAUGACGGACGAAGGCAUCGUAACCGAGCCCGAAACAGGCCCUGCCUACAGUUACCUUAACCCGUCGGUUGCGGCCUGGAAGCACCAAAGAGGAAGCGAAGGCGGCCUGUCCGCGGUGAGCUUUCCAAACCACACAGCCAAAGCGAACAGCGAGAAGUUGGGCGCUGCCGAAGAGGCCCUUCCCAACACCAAGACGGCGCUGGAGGCGCCAUCUACGCCCAGUGCUCUCCGGCGGCGUAGGAAGUUCCCGUCGGUGGGGAACGGCACCUCCGAGUCCAGCAGCGGGAGCAACGGCGACUCCAACGGUGAGGCCUACCGGUCUUUAAGCGACCCCAUGCCGCACAGGAGGUCCUCCCUCACGGACGACGCAAAUAACUUCUCCGUGGACAGUAACCUCCUGGGGUCAUUGAGCUCCAAGUCGGGGAUGCCGGAGGCCUCUGCCGUCGCUCUCUCCGAGUGCGCCGCCAGCGCCGCCAGCGACCUGUCGGUCUGCAGCGAAGGCGUCAAAGACUACAGCACCGUGAUCCAAAACAUCGUCAGCCAGCCCGGCGCCCUGGACAAAGUGAUCGACGAGAAGGGCAAUGGGAAGACCAUCAAGAAGAAGUCGUUCAGCGACCCCAGCCGUCGCGGAGAGCUGUCCGGCGCCGGCUUUGAUGGCCCCGGAGAGCCCAUCAGCGAGAUGGACCAGAGCAUCCCUCCGUCCAGCAGCGAGCCCAUCCUGUCGGACCAGGUGAGGGAGGCCGACGGGGGGAAACUGUACUCCCAGUCCGAGCACAUCUUGCCGGCGGCUCCAGAGGGCGACACGACCGACGUGGCUCCGAGCUACGGCUUCGACCCGAAGCUGGCCGAGGUGUUGUCGCCCAGGAUCGUCCGCCGAAGCUCGAAGAAGCGCAGCAACAGGGCCAGCUCGCAGGAGGGUCGGGCGGAAGAGCCCGAUCUGCUCCCUGCCGUCGCCCCUUCCGCUCUGGGGAGAGCCAGGCCGCCCUCCAAGCACACCCGCCAUGCCAGCGAGCCUGCCACCUUCAUCCCCAUCGCGGGCGCCAACACCCCCCCUCCCUUGAGCCAGAACGUCCCCGGGGCCACGCCGGACCUCCCUCGCCUGCUCGCGAAGCCCUACCCAGUCCUCCAAACCCCUUCCUUGGAAGAUGUCACUAAACACUACAUCUUGGCCCUCGGUGAGCCGCCCUCCGCCGGCUUGGUGGAUACGCCCAGAUCUUCGCCCGCCACGCCGACCACGUCUGAGCCCAAACUGCCCAGGUGCCCGAAGCAUCAUGAGGAGCUGGGCGCCGGCCUGGCCAGGAGCAAGCCGCAAGUGGAUAUGCGGAAACACGUGAUUAUGACACUCCUGGACACGGAACAGUCGUACGUGGAGUCGCUGCGGACCCUGAUGCAGGGUUACAUGAAGCCCUUGAAGCUGCCGGAAAACGCCAUCCUCUGCGAUCCUGCCCUGGUGGACGAGAUCUUUGAUCAGAUCCCUGAGCUGCUGGAUCACCACGAGGAGUUCCUGGAGCAGAUCAGCGAGUGCGUGCAGAGCUGGAGCGAGAAGCAGAAAGUGGGGGACAUCCUGGUGAAGUCUUUUUCCAAAGACAUCCUGGUGAACAUUUAUUCUGCCUACAUCGAUAACUUCCUCAACGCCAAAGAUGCUGUGAGGAUCGCCAAGGAAGCCAGGCCAGCGUUUAUGAAGUUCCUGGAGCAAAGCAUGAGGGAAAACAAAGAAAAGCAAGCGCUUUCAGACCUCAUGAUUAAGCCGGUUCAGCGGAUUCCACGCUAUGAGCUUCUGGUCAAGGACCUUCUCAAGCACACGCCCGAAGCCCACCCCGACCACCCGUUCCUGAUGGAAGCUCAGAGGAGCAUCAAACAGGUGGCUGAGAGGAUCAACAAAGGGAUGAGGAGCGCCGAAGAGGUGGAACGGAACGCCAGGAUAGUGCAAGAGAUUGAGUCGCAUAUAGAAGGAAUGGAGGACCUUCAGGCCCCGCUGAGGAGAUUCUUGCGCCAGGAGAUGCUAGUGGAAGUGAAGGCUGUGGGCGGGAAGAAGGACCGCUCACUUUUCCUCUUCACGGACCUGCUCGUCUGCACCACCCUGAAACGCAAGUCCGGGUCGUUGCGGCGAAGCUCCAUGAGCCUUUACACAGCAGCCAGUGUGAUCGACACAGCCAGCAAGUACAAAUUGCUCUGGAAAUUUCCGCUGGAAGACCUGGACAUUGUGAAAGGGGCUUCUCAAUCGCCCAAUCGCGAGAGCAUCCAGAAAGCCAUCUCCCGCCUGGAUGAAGACCUCAGCACCCUUGGCCAAGUUAGCAAGCUUUCAGAGACCCUCAGCUUCCCCCAUCAGAGCCUGGACGACGUUAUCAAGGACCUGAUGGCCGCCAUCCACCGCGAAUUGGCGGAGAAGCAGUCCCUUUCCUUCACCCAGUCUUUCCCGCCCAACAAAAUGGAACUCACGGCAACGAAGGCGGACGGCACGGAGUCCUACAUCUUUGAGUUCCCCAACCCAGACGCGCGCCAUAGCUUUGAGCAAGCCUUCGAGGACACCAAGAAGAAACUAGCUUCCUACAAAAACUGCCUGGACCCUGAGUUCCUGAAGGCGAUUCCCAUCAUGAAAACGAGGAGUGGAAUGCAGUUCUCCUGCGCCUCACCCAGCCACAGCAACCCGGAGAACGCCUACGAGGUCUGGGUGUGCAACAGCGACGGUUACGUCGGGCAGGUCUGCCUCCUCAGCGUCAAAAAGGAGCCUAUCGUCGAGGCCUGCAUCGCCGUCUGCUCUGCCAGGAUCCUCUGCAUCGCCUCUGUGCCGGGCCUCAAGCGAAGCUUCCGGGAGCGCCCCGAAUCUCUGGCCAGCCCUUCCUCAGAACCGGUUCACACGUCGAUGGACGAGUCUGGGCCCCAGCAGUGCUUGCAUAUCUCCAUUUCUGGGUCUUCCCUGGAGCUCUCGGACCCAGUGGACAGCACCACCCGAGAACUGGUCCCCUUCGACAGUGACGACACGGAUGAUGAGUCCUCGCCGAGUCCUUCCGGCACCCUCCAGAGCCAAGCCAGCCACUCCACAAUAUCUUCCAGCUUCGGAAAUGAGGAGAUCCCAAGCUCCAAAGAUGCAACAGCUGAGGCAACCAGCUCGGAAGAGGAGCAAGACCCUGCCGGCUUCCUUCCCAUUGCCACCACUUUCGCCCAGAACAGCGACAGCCCCACGGACGGACGGGCGUUGAGGCGGUCAAGUCGAGGGUCAUUCACCAGAGGCAGCCUGGAGGACCUGUUGAGCAUUGACCCAGAGGCCUAUCAGAGUUCCAUGUGGCUAGGGACAGAGGAUGGCUGCAUCCAUGUCUACCAGUCCUCGGACAACAUCCGAAACAGGAAGAAUAGCAUGAAGAUGCAACAUUCGGCCUCUGUGACGUGCAUUUUGUAUCUAGAUAACCAGGUGUUUGUAUCGCUGGCGAACGGAGAGCUCGUUGCCUACCAGAGAGAAGCCGGACGCUUUUGGGACUCUCAGAACUCCAAAUCCCUCUCUCUGGGCUCUCCCGGCAGCCCUGUGACCAAAAUGGUGGCCGUGGGCGGCAAACUUUGGUGCGGAUGCCAGAACCGUGUCGUCGUCCUUAGCACAUCUUCGUUGCAGCAGGAGCACUCCUUUCACGUCGGGCAGGACAGCAACCGCAGCCUCACCUGCAUGGUGAGCUCCUCAGCGGGGGUCUGGGUCACCCUUCAGGGCAGCGCCCAGGUGAGGCUCUACCACCCUUCCAGCUACGACCAGCUGGCCGAAGUGGACGUCACGCCUCCGGUCCACAAGAUGUUGGCAGGCUCAGAUGCCAUCAUCCGCCAGCACAAGGCGGCUUGCUUGAGGAUCACCGCCAUCCUGGCCUGCAAGGACCUGCUGUGGAUCGGCACCAGCGCUGGAGUGGUCCUGACUCUGCCCAUGAUGUCCAACGCCGCCUCCUUGAAGACCCCGCCAUCGCCGGUGGGCCUCUCCCAGGGACACACAGGCCACGUCCGGUUCCUCACGUCCAUCGAGCUGCCGGAAGGUUUCGACAUCCUCUUUCCCCUGCCCAGGGAUCCAGGUACAGAAAAGUCCAACGACUUGGAGAAACGGGACUCCACGAGGCACAGGCCCCCCAAGUCCAAGAUGCUCAUCAUUAGCGGCGGCGACGGGUACGAGGACUUCCGGCUCACCAGCAGCAGCGAGACAGUGGGGAGGGAUGAUAGCACAAACCACCUGCUCCUCUGGAGGGUCUGACAAGCGAGAUGAGGAACAGGGCGGACCCCUCCGGAGGGGGAGAAGCCGAGAGAGAGAGAGAGAUUGCGUCCCAUCCUCGCCAUCCCCACACGGACGCAUCCCCGUGUCUCAUCUCCCACCCUGAAUGUCUUGUGCACAGGGUCGCCUUUCUGGAUCCGCCGCGCGGAGUUAGCAGCGCGCCUCGGGCCGGGCCGCGUGCGGAACCUCCAGGACGCAAAUCCAUGUUGCACGACUCGCGCUUGCUGCUGUGUCUUGAGUGUGUGGGAGGGGGUGCGCUCAGUGAGAGAGAGGAGGAGAGAUUAGGUGCAGCCACCCCCAUGCGCCAAGCCCCAUUCAAAUGGGACUAAGAGAGAGAGAAACCAUUUAGGAAUUCAACCCUGCUUAGGAAAGGAUUGUCUGCUCUGUGUGUGCUGCUUGGUUAGAAACGCCCAGCUCAGCCGAGGAGUUGUUGAAUGUCGUCAUGUCUGCCGUUUUCGUCCGCUGAGGCCCUCAAGUCCAGAUGGCUGGGGCAACCUUCCCCCAUUCUCACCAAACACAAUCAUUUUCCGCCCCCUCUUUGGUUUCUCCUCGCCUUCAUCCAUCAGAUACAGAUGCAGAGCUUCUCCACUCAAUGGCACCCUUUCAUUCAUGCAAGAACCGCUCACCAGAACCAGACACUGCACACCAUCGUCUUGCCAACUUUUGCGAGGCACACCACUGCCAGCAUCCAGAUAACUUGGGGGGGGGUCCUGUUUGUGUAUAAAUUACCUUUAUUUAUUGCCGGCUAGGAAGAGGAGCUGCUCCAGAAAGGAGGGGAAUGGGGAGGCGGACUGACACUGUUUCCGAGCAAUUUCCAAAGAGAUUGGGAUGGAGAGCGGUUUGGGGCCCUUGUCACGGUCAGAGACACCCCUGCGUCUGGGCUCAGUUGUGAUAACCGCAGGGUUGUUCCCGCACAUCAGUGUUCGAAGAUGUAAGGCUUUGUCGGGUUGCAGUGUUGAUGAUGGCCGCUACCCAAGAUGGCGGCUGGAGUUUGUGUCUGCUGAGAGGGAAGGGGAAAGAGGUUGGGCAUGGAGAAAGCCCGUCUUUGAUGGGGGGGAGGGGCAGCAGAGAAAAUACAAGAAUCUUGACAGGAUAAUUGUGCAAUAUUGAGCAGCUUUCCCCACCAACCCUGCACAGGCCAGGAGGCUGCACCACAGAGGCCUCGUCCGUUUCCAGGGCAACCGUACUCCAUGUUGUCAGGGGAUGGGUGGGCAGGAGUUUGCAUCAACCUGGUCUUACCUUGUACAGUAUUUAUGAUUUAUUUGUUGUGGUUGUUUUUUUGUUUUUAUUUUUUAAAAAAGAAAACCUAGCUACCGUUUGUAGAGGGAGGCAGCCAGUUGAACAGUUAGCAGCGCUUAAUUUAAUCGAGCUCAUAAUCUUCCGUUGUGAGGGGGUAAAUUUGCCUCAGAGACCGAAAGGUCUCCACAGGCAGAUUGAAAGCCGUCCUUAAAACCUUGAACAAAGUUAGAUCCCCGCUAGCAUUAUUGUGAACAUGGUUGAGGGCUGGGGAGAAAGCGGACUGCAUUUCACCAGCUGACCAUGGGACGUAUUCUGGGGACACAUCAGUCGCCGGGUUUCCUACAAAGAUUCCUGAAGGAGGCAAAGCGUUGCUUGAUCUGCAAGGGACCUCUCGGCUGCCCAGUCCUCUGCGUAUUUACUCAGAGGUACGUCCCGCUGACUUUCAGUGGUGCUUACUCCCAGGUAAGUGUGUGUGAGAUUGCAGCCUUCAUGCUCUGCGGCGAGAGUUCUGCCUCGGGAUCACAUUAAACCCGCCUUUGCCAAACUUCGCCUGAUUGGUCUGGUGCGAGUUGGAAGUCCGGAGGUUGUCGGGUUGACCAGAGGCACAUGUUGCGUGCACAGUUGCAUCGUCGAUUUAAAAAGAAUUGGGAGGACGCUGGCAUUCCAAUAACCAGAUGAAUAGGCCAUGCAUUAUGGAAGCCAGACCCACCUCCCAAGGGCAUUGCCAAGAGUGGGGGAAAGGUUAGGGGGGGCAAGAUGUCAAACCGGUGUCCCCUCCUCUGAAGUGAAGGUGAAGCAUCUCAUGUCUCUACUCAAUACCCCCAAUUUCCCCUAAGACAGGAAUACAGCUGAUACCUCGAACCAAGAAUAAGGUCUCCUUAUAAACACAUACAUAGUGUUUCUUAUGCACCGACACUGGAUGCCGAUGAAGACAUUAAAGAAAAGAAGUGUUUUCAGCUGGAUGCUAUCCUAUCAGAGACGCCUAAGGAGGAUAAAAUUAUCCUUCUGGGUGAUUUUAAUGCAGGCCUAGGCAAACUCAGCUCUCCAGAUGUUUUGGGACUACAAUUCCCAUCAUCCCUGACCACUGGUCCUGUUAGCUAGGGAUCAUGGGAGUUGUAGUCCCAAACAUCUGGAGGGUCGAGUUUGCCUAUGCCUGUUUUAAUGCAAGAGAUGGGCGAGAUGUCAAUCUGUGGCCUGGAACUAUUGGGAAAGAAGGAAUUGGCAACAGCAACCACAACGGAAUACUACUUUUGACUAUCUGUGCAGCGCACAACCUUGUUAUUGCCAAUACACUCUUUCGACAAAUUUAAAACAUUAUGGAGGCGCCCUUGGUCAAACCACUGGCACCUCUUAGACCAUGUGGUCGUCUGAGCUGAAGAUCACUGAGAUGUGUGAACAGAGCUAUAAUGAGUGUCUAUGACACAUCACCGAUUAAUAUGCUCCACGAUGGCUAUCAAGAUUGUACCUCAAUGCAGACUUCAGGAAGGGAAACUAAGGUGCAAAAUGAACACUCAAGCCCUUCAAGAUCCUAUUAAGCGGGAUUGCUUCCAAAGGACCGUCUGCUUUCAGAGUUCCCUGAUAACAUUGAGGAACACUAAAAAACAUCCAUUAUUGCAGCCUGUGAACAAACUAUUAAAUACCAAACCAAGAAACACCAGGAUUGGUUUGAUGAGAAUGACAGUGAGAUUGAACGCAUGAUUGACAAGAAAAGGAAGGGCUUUCAGAUCUGGCAAAGAGAUAGAAACUGUGCCACUGAGGAAAAAACCUGUGCCAAUGCGAAGGCUGAGGGUCAAAGAACAGAGAACCAAAGAACACCUGGUGGAUAAAAAAAAAGCUCAAGAGAUCCAGCACUUAGCUGACGCUCAUGAUGCACAAAGUUUCUUUAAAGCCAUAAAGGCCAAUAAAUCAUGGCAUAUGCCCUCUAUGCUCAACAGAUGGUACCACACUUCGCAGGAAAGAACAUUACCAGCAUCUCCUUAACUGCAACUCCCCUGUAGCUGCUGAGGUCCCCUCAGAAAUUCCGCAAAAACAAAUUAAGAGAUGUCAGGAGUGCUCUGAUGGUGUUUCCUGCUUGGCAGGGGGUUGGACUCGAUGGCCCUUGUGGUCUAUUCCAACUCUAUGAUUCUAUGACCUUGCAGUAUCUCCAAAAUGGGAGAGUUGUGUACGGCUGUUAACCAAAAGAAAAACAACAAAGCCAGCAGACCUGAUGGGAUACCUGCUGAAGUCUUCAAAGUGGGUGGAAUUGAACUUCACAAGCUCAUCAAAAAAAAUCUGGGGGAGAGAGGAGAUCCCAGCAGACUUUAGGGGUGUCAAAAUUAUCAGUCUGAGGCUACCCUUCCUGAAUCCCAAAAUGGUUUUAGACCUUCCAGGGGGACAGUAGACAUGAUUUUCUCUGCUCGGCAGCAUCAAGAAAAAUGCAGAGAGCACCAACUUCUGUAUAUGGCGUUUAUUGACCUGACUAAGGCUUUCAACACUGUAAAUCGUAACGCCCUGUGGACUG